AUGAUCUCAUCCCUCGGGCUCUCGGUGUUGGGGGAUACCAUGUGCCGAUCGACACAGGAGAACAACUCCUCCGUACAUUGUACAUUAUACAACAAAUCCUUGGAGAGUAUAUAUAAAUAUCUCGUGAGUGUCAGUCAGGUUCGGAUUAUUCAAGCUAAUCACCACAGUCCGCUUCUGAUAACCCUCGGCCUCCGCGCUGCUCCCGGCCAGGUGCCAGCAAACCACGCGUCGGGCUUCCUGGUCGCGAACUGGGUCUUUGCCUUCUGCUUAAUGAGCACCCGGGGCACGAAGACGCGUUUGGGGAUCGACCACAAUGCCAAUCCCCGGGAGGACUUGACCAAGUAUGGCGAGGCCGCGGUGCAGUCGGGCAAGAUUACUCGUCGCGCCCUGGAGAAGCUGAAGCGACAGGAGAGGGAUACCCCUUGUUUGUUGCGGCGAUAUUCGGUUUCGCGUCUGGUAUACAGCCUGCUAUACUCCCACAUUGAGUCAAAUUCGUGGAGUUAUCUGCGCUCGGUCGCUUGGUGGUCGGGCAACAUCAGCUGCUUCUAUGGGCUGGUGCAGGCUAGCAAGAAGCUCUGA